ACGCCCGAGCCCAGCCUGAGCGCAGCGGCAUCCGAGCGGGAACCGGAGCGGGUACCCGAGCUGGAGCCGAAGCUGGAGCCGGCGCUGCGGCGCACGGAGCGGAGCGCGGCAGCCAAGCCGAGUGAGUGGAGGGGCCUUCCCUGCGAGAAGUCAGAGCUGUGCCCGUGGGCAGGCUGGCUCCACUGUUCUGCUCCAAGGAUUACAUGUCCUUCAAACGCCCCUGCCCCCUAGCACGAUACAAUCGCACCAGCUACUUCUACCCCACGUUCUCAGAGAGUUCGGAACACAGUCACCUGCUGGUGUCUCCAGUGCUGGUGGCCAGCGCCGUCAUAGGUGUGGUCAUCAUCCUCUCCUGCAUCACUAUCAUCGUGGGCAGCAUCCGCAGGGACAGACAGGCCAGGCUCCAACGGCACCAUCACCGCCACCACCGGCACCACCAACAUCACCGGCACCGCCGGCGCCAACACCAGGAGUACGAACAGGGCUACGUGUCUGACGGGCACACAUACAGCCACUCCAGCCGCAGGAUGCACUACGCCUGCAGCCCCACUGAAGACUGGCCCCCGCCCCUGGAUGUCAGCUCUGAUGGAGAUGUGGAUGCAACAGUGCUCAGGGAACUGUACCCAGAUUCUCCACCAGGCUAUGAGGAAUGUGUGGGGCCAGGGGCCACUCAGCUGUAUGUCCCCACGGAUGCACCACCACCCUACUCUCUGACUGAUUCCUGCCCCACACUGAAUGGCGCUCUUGACUCAAGCAGUGGCCACAGCCACAGCGGACACCAGCCAGAGCAGAGGACCAGAGGCCAGAGUGGCCUCCGCACCAUCUCCAUGGACAUGCUGCCCCCUUAUGAGGCCGUUUGUGGAGCUGGGUCCCCAUCGGAUCUGCUGCCGCUGCCUGGACCAGAACCAAGGCCAAGGAACUCACAGGGCUCACCCAUCCCACCCUGGUCCUCAGCCUCCAGCCCAGAGAGGGUCGUGUGA